GGUGGGAACAUCUUUGCUGCUCUCAGCCAAGGUCAGAGUGAUGAAGACGAGGAAGAAGAUUUGGAUGAUGAAGAUAAACCUACAAAAGAGGAGGUUGAAAGGGUGAAGAAGAAGGAGAACUCCAAGUCCAGGAAGGUAAAGGCUGGGUCCAAAGAAGAGGAGGCGGACGUAGACCAUUCUAAAGGGAAAUGCACAACGAAGACCAACCAGGCUGAAGCAAAGUCCAAG